CUUUUUCAAUAGGACUGCCACUGAAUAUCUACUCAACCUUAAUAAUAAUUUAUACCCUUUAUUAGGAUUUAGGAUGAAAAGUGCCACCAAAUCUCCUUCUAAGCCCUCGACUGGAUCAUUUUCCAUUUUCUUCUGAGAGAAAAAUUGAAAAGUAAAACCCUUUUUGUCUGCGUAAAAUCUCCGAGAAGAAGAGUGAAGGGGAAGAAAACAGCUUCGGAAUUUCGAUCCGAUGGCCAACAGCAAUUUACCGCGUAGGAUCAUCAAGGAGACCCAGCGUCUUCUUAGCGAACCAGCUCCAGGAAUAAGUGCAUCUCCAUCUGAAGACAAUAUGCGGUAUUUCAAUGUAAUGAUUCUUGGUCCCACACAGUCUCCUUAUGAAGGUGGGGUCUUUAAGCUGGAGCUGUUUUUACCUGAAGAAUACCCCAUGGCUGCCCCGAAGGUUCGCUUCCUUACAAAAAUCUACCACCCUAACAUUGAUAAGCUUGGAAGGAUAUGCUUAGAUAUUCUCAAGGACAAAUGGAGUCCCGCACUUCAGAUCAGAACUGUACUUCUGAGCAUACAAGCACUUUUGAGUGCUCCAAAUCCGGAUGACCCACUCUCUGAAAACAUUGCGAAGCAUUGGAAAUCAAAUGAGUCUGAAGCUGUCGAAACUGCUAAAGAAUGGACGCGUUUAUAUGCAAGUGGUGCUUGAAUAACAUGGAACUUGGGUUUCUUUCUCUAAUAAGUAAAGUUAUAUUCUAUCAUCCGUCAAGUAAAACAUGGAAAAAUUUGGAAGAAUGACCCCCCUAGUUUCAAAUUGUUCUCGUUAUUAGAACGUCAUUAAAAAUGUGCAGAUGAUAUAAAGUCAGUGAGUUCUGUUAUGCUAUGUCUUAUUAUCUGGAAGUUUAUUGUACUCUUGUUUUACACAUUUGAAAUUAGCAAUUCAGUUUGCAGUGUUUUGGUUAUGCAUAUGUUUUUUUCAAUUUCUUUCUUGUCUAUGUGAAACCUUUUUAGAAUUUAAUUCAAGUUAUACGGGUAUUAAUUGGAAUUGUUGCAUAUGCACACAUUAUGCAAUGUGCAUAAUGUAUUAGAUGUUGAGCAUAUGCUAAAGUUAUUUUAGAAUAUGUUGAUUGUUAUUAAUAUUUUGUUUGGACUGCGGUACGAUGCAUCAUGAGCACAUAUUCCACUAUGCUAUGAUUUGUAAA